UCGAUAAGAUGGACCUUAUCGCGAAAGUUAGGGCCAAAUUCGGUUUGGCCAAACUGCGCAUUAUUCGACUGUGGCAGAGCAUUCCGGAUUGCUUCUGGUUGCUCGAUCAUCUGCUGAUUGCUGCCGCUGUCAACGUAAAUGCCCCAAACCUCUGGCAAAAGGUGACCUGGGCUCUACACCAACUGCUGGGGUAUUCGCAGAUGUGCCUGGCCGUUCUGGGUUUCGCGAGUGCCCUGCUCUGGUUAGAUGAUGUGUUGGCCAUGUUCUGGAGUGUGCUGUUGUUCGGCACCACUGUUCACUGUUUGGCAAAGUGCUACCUUCUUCGUCGGUACGAUGGAGAGAUCUGCAACGUGCGUAGCUUUUUGACUUCCGCGGAGUUCAGUUCGGGAGAUGCAAUAUUUGACGCUGCUGCGAGAAGGCAAUAUCGGCGCAAAUCACGAAUGCUGAUCAUUGCCGUGGGUUUGGUGCUGUUGUUCAACCAACUCGUCGUUUGGAUACCAAACGAGCAACAACGGGUGAUAUUCUCCAUACCACCAUGGAUUGGCACAUACUUUGGAGGCAGAUUAGUUGUUGGGCUUCGAAUGAUCUAUUCUUCAACUUUUAUCCUGUUUUGGGCACCAAAAUUGGCGGGAUGUACUAGCCUGGCAACUGUUCUGCUGAGUGGAUUGAAAGCAGAACAGAUAAUUCUUAAUCACCAUUUCAAGCAUCUAACACGUGGUGUGAAACAAUUGUACAAUUUUCAGAUUACAAGGAAGCAGUUCUGGGGGCAACUCAAACCUUCCCUAAAAACAAUAAUUGAUCAACAAGUUUUAAUUUUGAGUCACCUUACCAGCUUGCAACCCAUGGUCGAGAAGGUUUUCUUCUUGACCUAUUACUUUGCCCUGGGAGCCAUAGGGUGUACCAUCUUCCUGGUCCUCUCGGUGCCGUUUUCGUACACAAAUUUCGGCAUUAUGGUAUCUCUAGCAGGUUUCAGUCUGGAAAUCCUUCAGUUGGGCCACCAAGUUGAGACCUUGAGGGAUACCUUCGACGUCACCGCAGGACUUGCCUUUUCCCUCUGCGCUCAGCUUCCCUACUCCGAAGAUCAGCACCAGGAGUACGUCGACCUGCGCACUUCACUGAGCAUUGUCGGCCUUUGCUCGCGGAACGUGGCCAGGUUUGGGUGUACUGGAAUCCCGGAUAUUUCGGUGGCCGUGUUCGCCGAACUGCUGCACACGACCUACUCGGUGUUGACGUUUCUGCUCAACACGGUUUAAGACACUGUCUGAAUGUAUUAUAUAGAGGUACACCCACAAUAGAAAGCCGAAAAAUAGCUCUACCAAAAUACA